AAGGUCGCCCCUGCCGCUCGCCGCGCCUACUCCUCCGAGAUGGCCAACGCCCUCGUCCAGGUCUCCCAGAACAUUGGUAUGGGUAACGCUGCCAUUGGUCUCGGUGGUGCCGGUAUCGGUAUCGGUCUCGUUUUCGCUGCCCUCCUCCAGGGUGUUGCCCGCAACCCCUCUCUCCGUGGCCAGCUCUUCUCUUACGCCAUUCUUGGUUUCGCCUUCGUCGAGGCCAUCGGUCUUUUCGACCUGAUGGUUGCCAUGAUGUGCAAGUACGUGUAA